GCCACACGGUGGAGCAAAGCCUGAUCGAACUUUUUUUUUUCUCCUUUUGCCUCCUCCCCAAUUAUCCCCGUACAUUCCCUUCUUGUACACUUUAAUAACUUCUGCCCCCCCCCCCCCCAAAAAAAUUAAAAUAAUAAUAAUAAACUUUUGCACUAAAUGACUACACUUUGGCUUUUAAUCAGAAUUCCGAUGGCCGAACGUCAAAUCCUUUGUCCACUCGCGCACAUGAAGAGAAAGCCCAACAAGUGUGGCGUAAGUGCGGCGGACUGUUAGGAUCGGUGGCCACCCAGCGCGCCGCCACCGCCACCGCCGCCGCGAUGCUUUUAUCCAACGUGAGCAUCUGCGCGGGCUUCAACAGCGCCCUGCACGCCGGAGCCGGGGAAGGGCACCCGGACCUUGGGGGCGGCUCUCGGCGCUCCACCCUCACUCCGACGGGGAAUCUCGUCGUCGCCGUGUGCUUGGGCUUCAUCGGCACUUUUGGACUGGUGAACAACUCGGUUGUUCUGGUGCUCUACUGCCGCUACAAGAUCCUGCGCUCGCCCAUCAACUUGCUCCUGAUUAACAUUUCCGUCAGCGACUUGCUGGUGUGCGUGUUGGGGACGCCGUUCAGCUUCGCGGCCAGCACGCAGGGAAGGUGGCUCAUUGGAACCAAGGGCUGCGUGUGGUACGGCUUCGCCAACUCGCUCUUUGGCAUCGUGUCCCUCAUCUCUCUGGCCGUCCUCUCCUACGAGCGCUACAGUACCAUGAUGACCCCCACUGAGGCCGACUCAUCCAACUACCGCAAGGUCUGCCUGGGCAUCAUCCUUUCAUGGGUCUAUUCCCUCAUCUGGACCCUGCCGCCGCUUAUCGGUUGGAGUCACUACGGUCCAGAAGGACCGGGGACCACCUGCUCCGUCAACUGGAAAGCCAAGACGGCGAAUAACAUAUCUUACAUCGUGUGUCUAUUUAUCUUCUGCCUCAUUGUGCCAUUGUUGGUGAUCGUGUUCUGCUACGGAAAGCUGCUGUGCGCCAUCAAACAGGUGAGUGGGAUCAACGCAUCGAUGAGCAGGAAACGGGAGCAGCGAGUCUUGUUCAUGGUGGUGAUCAUGGUGAUCUGCUACCUUAUGUGCUGGCUGCCUUACGGAAUCAUGGCGCUGCUGGCCACUUUCGGACCGCCUGGCCUCGUCACGCCUGAAGCCAGCAUCAUACCGUCCGUCCUGGCAAAGACAAGCACAGUCAUCAACCCGGUGAUAUAUGUCUUCAUGAAUAAACAGUUUUACAGAUGCUUUCAAGCACUGCUACAUUGCGAGGCUCCUCGGCGAGGCUCCAGCGUGAAGAGCUCAUCAAGGGUUGCCACCAAGCCGGCGAGGGCCGGCGCGGUGACAGGUCCUCGUCAUACCAACGACUUUCUAUACGUGGUGGCCUCCCUGGGUCAGCCAGUUGCUGCAGUGCCCCAACUGGACCCUAUCCUGGAACCCACCCAUGAUGUCACUAAAGCCCCUUCUUCAGACUUCAACCAACCUGCUGUGGUAUCACUCGUGGCCCAUUUCAAUGGCUGAAUUCUGGCUACGACCUUGACAUUAGCAUGAAAGGGCGAUGUCUCCAGGCUGGAAGGCAUUAAUAAUGAAUGGUGCGGUUGCUGAGGUUGGUCCGACUGCAACGAUCCAGUUCAGACGAAUAAAAUAGAGCUGUUGCAUCAGCUGAGUCCAGGAUGCUGUAGCCAAUACACAGCAGUUGUGGAGGGAAAGCUUUGGAAUUACUUUCAGAAAUUAUGAGCAGGGUUGGCAGGAACUGAACCUACCUACAUUGCCCCUUUGUGUUUAUCUGCAGACAAAAUGUGAACAUGCAAAAAAAAAAAGACACUAAAGGGGCAAAAAAAAUACUUUUUAGGUGUUUUUUUUUUUGGUCAACGGUUUGUAAAUAUUUUUUUAAAUACCUGAAUGUGAAUGGAAGAUUUUCGAUAUCGUCUACGAACAGCAGAGCUGAAAGAAAGAAGCCAAGGCGUAAGACUGUCGACAAAGACUAAGAAUGUCACGCCGGUGGUUUUCAAGCAAUUCGCCUGUCUGACAACCUCGUCUUAAAUUAAUCAGUUGUCACUUUAAAAUGAUUUAAAGGUCCCUCUAAUUGACCAUUCAUCCUAAGGCGCGACUGAACAUGUACUUUGUAGCCUCGCUGCAAUGUAAGCGGCAUUCAAAGGUGACAGCGAUCAAGAAAUGCACGUGAAAGAGCUUCGGAGUCGUUCCCUCAGUGGUGUGCAUGCGCAUUUGACGACGGCAUCCCUGAUUGAAUGGAUACACGGUGACAUUUGGUAAUGUUCGGUGGAUAGCGCGAGAAACUCCGCACGCCCUCCCCCUAAAACGUACGAUCCCCUUGGAAUGAUCUUUGCAUUGCUUGUCAAAUGAUAUUCCUUGCAUGCGCAGGGAACCAAAUCAAAUGUUUCUGGUUCAACCCAAUGCUCAGGAUCCCUUCUUUUAUAAACCGAAAGGCUUGGCCGCAAAGUGUCUUGCUUCAGGGCACUCGGUCAGCAAAGCACACGGGCGGAUUUCACACGCCUCCCAACGCUACGUUUACAACAAUCGGCGACUAUUUCGAACAACACGGCUCCAUGUCCUCGAUCGCAUCUGUACGUCUUUCGAGUGCACAGCAAAUCGUUCGACCGACAUGAACAAUAUGUUCACGCUCAAAUGAUUUUUGUUCCGUUUAUAUGUGCUUGUCGGCAUCCUGCGAACCGAUUUCGAUCUCUUUAUUGUCUUGCGGUGCAAAGAGAGCGGUGAGGUUUUGCAAAGCAGAGCAUCGGGUGCUGUGUUGCCAGUGAAUAGUUAAGCUUUCAGUGUUGUGUUUCUCUCGAAAAAGAGCAGAUGUGGUGUGUCCCGCCCCCCCCCCCAACCCCCUCCAUCUAGUUCUACGAAGAUCUUGUAUACAUCAUUGUAUGAUACAAAGAUUGAUACCAAAGCUAAAGAAAUGUUGAUAUUUUUGGAGAGGUGAUGUCUUAAUAAAGGUUUUUUUUUUUUUAUCUACGACGACGACACAUGCAACGUUUUGUCUUAAAAAAAAAAAAAAUUGAACACUAAGGCAGAUACACUUGAAGAGGCAUCAGUGAACAAGAUGCCAAGAGACUUGAACUCCUCCGCAUGGGGCAGGAGCUCAAGCCGGACCUGGAGAGGGCAGUCGGCACCUUUCCGACUGAGUACCCUUGCCUCGUACUUGUAUUUGCUUUAUUGUUGAUCACUUUGAACAGUGCUAUACAAUCAAAGCCAUUCUUCUUCUCCUAAUCGCUCUUUUACUCAUCCUUGGUAAGGCGCGCUGAUCAUCAUCAACAUCAAUGUAAAUAUGGCACAGGGUGUCAUGGAUGACAAC